AUGGCUGCCACUACUCGGCAUGUUUUUGGGCGUCUUCUUUCCAAGCAUAAUUUUGGUGCUUUGACACGACUUUCCACUUGUCAAUUAACAGAAAUAGGGUUGUGUUCACCAUGCCAGGUGCUUCCAGUGCAGGCUCCUUGCUGUCCUUUGGUCAGGAAAAGGAGCACUGAUCUCUCGCAAAAGGAAGAUGGAUCAAGGGUUAGUGCUUUACAGAUGAAAGAAGAGGAUUUCACAAGAGUUAUCAGUGAGAACAUCAAUUCAGUUGCUACAGAGGACAGAGUGGGGCGGUUAUUUGCAGUAAUUUACAUCAAUGGGCGACAGAGAAAAAUCACAACCGAGGAUAUCAUCAUCGUAGAAGGACAGUUUCCCCCGGAUAUAGGUGACAGAAUCAAGUUAGAAAAAGUUUUACUGGUUGGCAGCAAGGAUUUCACAGCUAUUGGACGGCCCAUGUUAAAUCGAAAUCAGACGACAAUAGAAGCUACGGUGAUUGAGAAGACAUUAGAGACCACAAAACCUUUUUAUACGUACAAAAGAAAACAGAAUUUCAGUCUUUUUAAAUUAUAUCGACAAGACCUGGCCAUGCUGAGAAUCAACAAAAUUGAAUUCCAUGGAGUAUGAUGAUGUUUCAUGUGAACUGUGCAAAGAUUAGAAAGGACAGUUCAGUAUAUCCAAUCCUGCCAGUCCAAGAAAGGGAGUCUCAAUUUAUCAUUUCAUAUGACUGGGUUAUGGACCAAACCAAUUUAGAUACUGAACUCUGAUUGACAGGGACUCUCAUAUUAAGAACUAUGGAUUUCAUUUACUCGAUUUUCAGAACUUGUUCAAGAAGGAGUGGAGUAUGAAAUUAAAAAGUUUUCAUUGCCUGAGUUACAAGGACUCAAUUGAAAGAGGUGUCAAUUGGGCAAAGAUUAGUAGGCAAGGAUCAAUGGUUCAGCUCAGACAUCUCUGAAGUGGAGUCUAUCUGAUUAAAACCCAUGAUGUUCAGGGGACCUAUUUUGACUCCUCUUCUUGCGUGUCUUAUUUUUAAAGGAGAGGAUUUGUUUUGUAAGACUUAUCACUUUCUACAGUAUGUACUGGGGAAUGGCCUGGGCCAGAUGGUCUUCAAUUAAGUUCGAAAAUUGCAUAUACCUGGGCUGAGUGUGUCAUUGUUUGCCCUGUGUGUGGGGGGGGGAUGGUUUAUUUGUUUAUACUGAUAUUUGUUGAAAAUGAUAGGAUGGGUCAGAAAAUAAAAAACUGUGGUAAACUAUUCAAUUC